UAUCGUCUUCUUUCUUCCUGCUCAGAUCCUUUCUCGAUUUCGUCUCUCCCGACGAUUCUUUCUCAGUCGCUGCUUAGAUUAAUUCAAAGCUCUAUUCAUCUUCUUAAUUCAAACUUUUGAAACCCUAGAAUUUGAGUUGAUCGAGUUGAGUUCCCAAUUUUGGGGGAAAAUUCGAAAUGGGAGUUUGUACUUCGAAGCCCAAACCCUCUCCACAGCUCAAUUACGAUUCCUCGCCGGAGGGAGAACCGCCGGCGACGAACGGCGACGAAAAUUCCAAAACCGUCGCUAAUUUAGAGGAUAAUCGUAGGAGCGAAGAAAAUCACAAAAAAUCCCCAUUCUUCCCGUUCUACAGCCCUAGUCCGGCGCAUUACUUCUUCUCUAAGAAGUCUCCGGCGAGAUCUCCAGCGCCGGGGAGCGGAACGCCGAGGAGGUUCUUCAAGCGGCCAUUUCCGCCGCCGUCUCCGGCGAAGCACAUCAAGGCGGUGCUGCGGCGGCGGCACGGCUCCGUGAAGCCGAACGAGGCGGCGAUUCCGGAGGGGAAGGAGGUUGUGGAGACCGGCUUGGAUAAGAGCUUCGGAUUCUCCAAGAAUUUCUACAGUAAGUAUGAAAUGGGGGAGGAGGUCGGGAGAGGACACUUUGGGUAUACCUGUAAGGCUAAGUUCAAGAAGGGGGAGCUCAAGGGCCAGGACCUCGCUGUCAAGGUCAUUCCCAAAGCUAAGAUGACCACUGCCAUCGCAAUAGAGGACGUUCGAAAAGAGGUGAAGAUAUUGAGAGCUUUGACCGGACAUAACAAUCUAAUACAGUUUUACGACGCCUACGAAGAUCAGGACAACGUCUAUGUCGUGAUGGAGUUGUGUGAAGGAGGCGAGCUUUUGGAUAGAAUCUUGUCGAGGGGCGGAAAGUUUCCCGAAUGCGACGCGAAGAAAGUGAUGAUGCAAAUACUGAAUGUCGUCGCAUUCUGCCAUCUCCAAGGAGUCGUGCAUCGGGAUCUUAAACCAGAGAAUUUCUUGUUUACGACCAAAGAAGAAAACGAAAACUCGACUUUAAAGGCGAUAGAUUUUGGACUGUCUGAUUUCGUCAAACCAGGUCUGUCCUUUAUUGUCUUAUUCUUUCGUGCGACCGCUGCAAUAAUUAUAAUUGUCGGGUUCUUUGCAGAUGAACGGCUGAAUGACAUUGUCGGCAGCGCAUAUUAUGUAGCGCCGGAAGUUCUACACAGGGCGUAUAAUACGGAGGCGGACGUUUGGAGUAUUGGUGUUAUAGCAUACAUAUUGUUGUGCGGGAGUCGUCCCUUUUGGGCUCGAACCGAAUCCGGGAUUUUUCGAGCUGUAGUAAAAGCGGAACCGACGUACGAGGAACAACCUUGGCCAACUCUGUCUUCCGAGGCAAAAGAUUUCGUCAAACGUCUUCUGAAUAAGGAUCCGCGGAAGCGAUUGACGGCUGCUCAAGCCAUGUGUCAUCCGUGGAUCCGGAACACCAUUGACGUCAAAGUCCCGUUGGAUGUGUUGGUAUUUAAACUUAUGAAAGUUUAUUUGCGGUCGUCUCCCCUUCGGAAAGCGGCUUUACGGGCGUUGUCGAAAACAUUGACAGAGGAUGACAUUUUUUACCUACGGGAGCAAUUCACGCUGUUGGAGCCAAACAAUAACGGGAUGUUAAGCCUCGAUAAUAUCAAAAUGGCCUUGAAGAAAAACGCAACGGAUGCCAUGAACGAGUCUCGUGUUUUCGAGUUUCUUGCCACGCUGAGCGCGCUGCAGUACAGAAGGAUCGAUUUCGACGAAUUCUGUGCGGCUGCGACGAGCGUUUAUCAAUUGGAAGCUCUCGACAGAUGGGAACAGCACGCGCGAUGCGCGUACGAGCUUUUCGACAAGGAUGGGAACCGGACGAUCAUGGUUGAAGAAUUAGCUUCGGAACUCGGCCUCAGCCCGUCUGUCCCGGUCCACGCCGUUCUCAACGACUGGAUAAGACACACGGACGGAAAGCUAAGCUUCCUCGGAUUUGUCAAGUUAUUGCACGGAGUCUCCUCCCGAUCCCUCGCCGCCAAAGUUCAAUGAUGCGAUGAUACAUUGCAAACAUCGUACUCUUACAUCAUCAUCGUCCCUUGUUCUCAGCAUUGUGCUGUGCAGACCAUCGAUAUAAGAGAUCCUCCCCAAUGGAGUACCUUGUUUAUAGGCACUCGAUUUGAUUCGAUUCGGUUCGGUUAAGACGAUUUGAGAGCAUUGUUGAGUUCAACUGAGCUGGUGUGCAGUGUAAAGGAAUGUCUUGUCGGAUUGGUUUUUGGUCCGAGGGAUUUACAUAGGAUAUUCACACCCAUAUGUUAUUACAGCAUCCAAUCUAUAUAUAUAUAUAUAUUUGUUCA